UGCAAUAGAGAGACGUCUACAAUUGGUCUGUGCAGGCGACUGAUCACGUGGCCAUGACGUCAUGAAAGGUCCUUAAAUGUGAGAUCCUUCUGGUACAGUUCCUGCACUAUACAAUCCUGGUGGUUCAUGUAUUCUUUACAACAAAGUUAACUGUUGCCCCACUGACCGCUCAAGAAUGGAUAAGGACAACUGCAAGAUGGCUGACAGGAUAUUAAAUCUCACCCUGGAGAUCAUCUACUUGCUAACUGGGAAGGAGUAUGCAGAGGUGCAGACAUCUAGUGAUUUUGUGACCCCUAACAGAUAUGCCCAUGUGUCAGGAGGAUGGGGAAAAGGCCAGAGUUCCCUUUUAAAGCCUCCAACUAAUGUGCUGAUAUAUGGCAAAAAUAGUGCCCAGAAGAUUGUAAAACUCACAAACAAGAUCAUAGAGCUGCUGACGGGAGAGGUUUCUAUAAGGUAUCAGGACGUUGCUGUGUAUUUCACCAUGGAGGAGUGGGAGUACUUAGAAGAGCACAAGGACCUGUACAAAGACAUCAUGAUGGAGACUCAACAGACCCUCAUGUCACUAGAUACAUCCAGUAAGCAAAGUAAACCCAAGAGAUCUCCCAGUCGUCUUUAUUUCCAGGAUUGUCCAGUGGAAAAGCAGUUUCAUCAGGUUGAAGAUCUGUCCGAUAUUAAAGUUAUUGUAAAGGAAGAAGAGGAUACAUUUGUUUGGAGUGAGCAGCAGUGUAAGGAGGAGAACAUCCCUACAGAUAUCAGUCCAGCAGAUAAUUACAACAGUCUGCAAGUCUCAGAUGGACAUCUUCUUACAUACCAGGAUUCUGAAGCAAUGCCUAAUGAUACUAUUCGAGAUAAUUUUGGAGAACGCUCCAUUAUAUUUCCCUCAGUCCCUCCUGUUGCUUAUUUACAGACUGUAAAGCAAAUUCCAGGCCACAGAGGGGAUCAAGCAUUUGAACGAUAUGGGGGAAACUUCAAAAAUAGAUCUAAUUCUAAUCUGCAGAAAAAAGAUGUGAGACCGUUUUCAUGUUCUGAAUGUGGGAAAUGCGUCACCAGGAAGUUAGAUCUUGUAAAACAUCUGAGAAUUCACACAGGGGAGAGGCCAUUUUCAUGUUUAGAGUGCAAUAAAAGUUUUACCCAGAAAUCCCAUCUACUUCAGCAUCACAAAAUUCACACAGGGGAGAAGCCAUUUUCUUGUCUUCAAUGUGGGAAAUGUUUUAUCCAGAAAUCAAAUCUUGUUAAACAUCAGAGUGUUCAUACAAAGGAGAAACCAUUUCUAUGUUCAGAAUGUGGGAAAUAUUUUACAAGCAAAUCAAAUCUUGUAAAACAUCUGAGAAUUCACACAGGGGAGAAACCAUAUUCCUGUUCAGAAUGUGGGAAAAGUUAUACCAAGAAAUCAAAUCUUGUUGAUCAUCAGAAACGUCACAGAGUGCAGAACCCAUUCGAUGCUCAGACUGUAGGCAAUGUUUUGCCCCAUGUGUGGGGCUCCAAUGUGACAGCUGCUUUAGGAUCUGAUACCUGAAAAUGUAGGCUUAGAAAUGUCUCUGAAGCAUCAGUCACCCUGAAACUUUACACCAUGUGUAGUUAGUCUGUUGCAGAUGCAAAUGUGGUUAGAGAUGAACUCCUCAUUCAAAUAGGUAUAAAUGCUAAUUUAUUAUCCAUUCAAAUAUGUGACAUUUCAUCCACUUACACUGCAACUUUCUCAAAUACAGUUUGCUGUCUGGAUGCAGAUAGAAGAGGAUUAUAGUCUUGUUAGUAGGAAUGUGAGCGGUGUCGCUGAGGUUAAGCAUGAUCCAUGACCACCAGUGACGUUGUGCUAGUAAACCAGUUGUGUAUAGACAGAAAAUCCAUUUUGUACAGGAAUUCCUAGACAUGCAGUCCUUGCUGCAGGUAUUGUAAAGACUGGACAGUCUUAAUAAUCUUAUUAGUCUUCUGGAGCACCAAGAGGUGGUCAAAUUAGAGGGGUCUGAUUUUUAUUUUUUUUAACAGCACCUUCUAUGAACCUGUAAAAUAGGUAACCCUCAUUCCCCUUUACAAUACUGUGUUUUCCCCUUGUAUUUGUUUUUCCCCUGUUUCUGUGCCCUUAUAUGUCCUGCAUGCCUGUAUUACAGUCUCUGCCCCUUUGAAUGAUGGCUACCAGGAGGAAUUGCAUCCUAAUGGCCAGCUUGCAGAAAGUGGAGUCCAGCAUGUACAUGAGGAGGGAUCCAUGCUGACAGUGGAGGCAGAGAGAUGGUGCAGAGCAUUGUACUGUAUUAUUACUGUGUAGCGAGGGACCAUGGUAAGGCUUGAAGGGGCUGGCUGUAUUACUAAAAUACUGGUGGCUGGCUGUAGCGUGUCAGUGUACCUGCGGCAACUCUUAUUCCUGCAGAAUGUCUUAGGUGUAGUGAGAGGUCUUUGCACAAGGCCCAGCGGAUUACAAACAGUGGGGCAGAUUGCCACUGAGUGAGUGACACACAGAAAGGAAGCCUUUCUUGCACCAGCCUGAGAAGUUGACGUGUGCUGAGAAGGUUGAGUCUAGGUUAGUAAAGUUCUGUCUGCCCUUGUCUCUUUUCCAGCUGGGUCAGUCAAGCUACACAGUUGUAAGACAAGUCUAGUGGUGGUAGUGACUGUACAAAAUUGAGAGCCAUUGCCUUUACAGUGUGGGCUGUGAGAGACUGGUUGACCUGAGGGUCUGAAGGGCCUGAUCCUCCAAGUUAACAGAGUGGAAGAAAUGGAGGGACAAAGUAUUCUAGCACUCUGUAUUGGGCUAUUGUUGGAAAUUCCAUUGAGAGGUUCCUUAGAGAUGGUACUCUUUUUCAUAUGAACUAGAACUGAACUAGAGAUGUGUUUGCCACCCUGCUUAGGGCGAUACUCCAGUGUCUGUAAAUGUCGAUGUGAGGUGCUGGGUGUACACUUGCAGCCUACAGUAGCCGGGUUAUCAUCAAAGGUAGUGGCUGUGAGAACCAACAUAGGCUAGUGCGGCCCCAUGGGUAGUGGUUAGGCAUGGCAACCUUGGUUUUAAGACUGUUUAAAAAAAGUAGUGCCACUGUUCAGCACAACUAUUUUGUCCUUUGCAGAGGUCUUUGUCAUUCAGCAGAUCCCCUGAAGGCUUGUUCCAGUGAGGUACAGAAGUUCCCUUUCUGAUGAUGAGCAUAGUACAGAAUAAUAUAAUCAUAAACUAAAUAUAUCUGUUAUGAGGAACAGCCAAGAUUUAUUUUAAGUUAAUGGAAAAAAAAAUUCCUGUAAAACUACUGAACGACUUUUCAGACUUCCAUUUGGAACCAAUACGUUUAUAUGGAAGCCACAUAAUUCGCCAUUAUUCCGAUUUCUAAUUUAAUCUCAUGAUCUUGUAUAUAUAUUGGCCAUUCUGUUGUGGGAGAGAGCAUAUCUGCCUACAUUAGGUUAAGGGCUCAUGCACACGAGUGUAUUUUUUUUUCUUAUCCAUUCAGUUUUUUUGUUAUUUUUUGCUGCGAAACCAUUCACUUCAACGGGUCUGCAAAAAAACUGAAAUUACUGUGUGCAUUCCUUAUGUCUGCAAAAACAAUAGAGCAUGUUCUAUUAUUCUCCAUAUUGUGGACAAGGAUAGGCAUUGUUACAACGGAUCCGCAAAAAAACUGAUGCAAUAUGGAUGUUGCACGGACCUCAUCCGUACUUUUUGAGGAUCGGAAUAUAUAUAUAUACGAUCGUGUGCAUGAGCCCUAACUUGCUGUGAGCAGCUGAUCUAGAAACAAAGGAAUGCUUGAAUGUGCGCAGAACUAUAGCUAAGGUAAACAGAGGUAUAAUUUCAGUAAUGGAGUAGUUAUGGUCCUAGUAUAACCCAGAAAUGGGAAAAAAAAUCCUCUCAUUUUCCCCUGUAUUAGAAUUUAGUCUCAAUUUGGAAAAAAAAGAAUGACAAUUAUAGAUGGUAAUCCGGACCACAGUGUUACUUACCCUUUAAAAAAUUACAGACUGCAAUCCUUUGUUUUUGCAUUGGAUCUGAUCUAAUAAAGCACGUUAUGUUUUCUUUUUCUGUGUCCAUUUAUACUCCUUUCUACCAGAACUUACAGCAGCCAUAUUUGCCUUUUGUUAUCCUAUGGCUUUGAAGUGUCAUCUCUGCAAAUUCUUCUGCAUAAAUAAUGAUGUGCUGCAGCUUUUCUAAAGCAGAAUGUCUCCAUAUAUUUCAAUGGGGAAUGUAAUCCGCCCAGAAAUCCACAUCAGAUAACAUCAAGAUUCACAAAGAUAUCUGCGUCCUAAUCCACAGUAUUGUAAAAAUCACAACUGCAUAUUUUCUGUCUGAUUUUUACGCCUUGUGUGAAGGAACCGUCAAGCUCUGUAAAUAUUACUCCAGUAUUGUGUUUCAGAUACUUAUGAUUGCUACUACAAUGUAGUUUGUGGAAUACCAAACUGAGAAAGUUUGCAUUGGAAAAGAUUUUGCUCAAGAAUUACAAACUUUAAUAGGCGCUGGUUUCAAU